UGGAGCAGGGAAGGGCAAGGCUUGGAGGAGGAGGAGGAGGAGCGAGCGCGUGCGUCAGGUCCUGCUGGCAAAGUCGGCAAAGUUCAGGCGAGAGAGGGAGAGAGAGGGAGGCGAUCCCGGCGAAGGCGCCUCUCUCUCCAGAGAGGAGAAGAAACUUCUCCGGCAUGGAGGCGAGGCUGGAGCGGGCGCGGCGCUGAGCCUCCCCGAUGGGCGUCGUUGGCAGGCGUCAUGGCCAAAUGGCUGAAUAAGUACUUCAGCCUGGGCAACAACAAGACCAAGAGCCCCCCGCAGCCCCCCCGGCCGGACUACCGCGACAAGCGCAACGGGACGGCGGUGAGCGGGAGCGGAGGGAACGGCAGCAACGGAGGCGGAGGAGGAGGCGGAGGGCCCCCCAGUUUGAACCACAGCCACAGCCACCGGCACCACACCUCGCCGGCCUUCCCGCGCCACGACACCAGCGACCUGCUCCGCGCCUACCGGGCCCAGAAGGAGCGCGACUUCGAGGACCCUUACAGCGGGCCGGGAUCCUCGCUGCGGAAGCUGCGCGCCCUCUGCCGCGCCGAGUACUGCGCCCCCGAGGAGCUGCUCCUGGCCGAGAGCAGCGACGCCACCGCCGCCACCGCCAAGCCCUUCUCGGCUGCCUCCUGCUGCGGAGGGAGCAGCGCCAGCACCGCCGCCGGCUCCGGAGGAUCCUCCUCCUCGGUGGCCUCCGCCUCGCCCCAGCUCUUCCGCAGCCAGAGCGAGCGCCGCGCCGCCCCCGGAACAGACCCCGCCACCGCCGCCGCCUCCGCCGUCAAGUACAUCUCCCCGAAGCACCGGCUCAUCAAGAUCGAGCCCAGCAACGAGGGUGGGGGCAAAAGCGGAGGCGGAGGGGGAGUUGGCGGCGUCACCUGGAGCCCCCCCGGGAGCACCGGCUCCGGACACAAGAAGCUCAACAAGUGCGCCGAGCCCGCACCGGACAGCGGCGCCAAGAAGGAGAAAGUCCUAAUAGCAGAUGACUACUCUGACCCAUUUGAUGCUAAAAGUGAAGGCAGCAAAACUGGCAAAGGAGAAAACACUGGCUACAUGGAGCCAUAUGAAGCUCAAAGGAUAAUGACAGAAUUCCAGAGGCAAGAUAGUGUGAAGCCCCAGCAGAAAGACAUUCAGCUGUACGACACGCCUUACGAGCCUGAAGGCAAUGGUGUAGAGUCGGAUUCAGAAAGUAUAGUGAGUCAGCGCUUGCGAGAGAGCAAGUUGCCACAGGACGACGACAGGCCUGCGGAUGAAUACGACCAGCCGUGGGAGUGGAACAAGGUCAGCCUUCCAGCCUUAGCAGUCCAAUUCAAUGGAGGCGAAUUGAGGCAAUCUUCACCUUCCCCGUCUUCAAGCGACCGGCGUCGACAGCUUCGAGCACCAGGGGGAGGCUUCAAACCUAUCAAGCAUGGUAGCCCCGAAUUUUGCGGCAUCCUGGGGGAAAGAGUGGAUCCAACUAUCCCACUGGAAAAACAAAUAUGGUAUCAUGGAGCAAUCAGUCGGACAGACGCAGAAAACCUCUUGCGGUUGUGUAAAGAAUGUAGCUAUCUUGUGAGGAACAGUCAGACCAGCAAGCAUGACUAUUCACUGUCAUUAAAGAGCAACCAAGGUUUUAUGCACAUGAAGCUGACAAAAACCAAAGAGAAAUACAUUUUGGGCCAAAAUAGUCCUCCGUUUGACAGUGUGCCAGAAGUGAUCCACUACUACACGGCAAAAAAACUCCCGAUUAAAGGAGCUGAACAUUUGUCACUCCUUUACCCCGUUGCUGUCCGGACCUUGUAAUUGCUCCUUCCUGUGGAUGGGAGAUGAGGGGAGAAGCAGCAGGAGAGGGGCCCCUGCACUCGCUGCAGCAAGGUUUCGUAGAACCGAGGUGCCCAGCUCUGCCUUUCCAAAGGCAGACAGAUGUAUAGUCAUGGAAUCGUUGCACUACUUUGCAUGUCCUGUGUGGAAACGUGGGUUUCUAUUUAUAGGAGAGAAAAGUGUGUUCAGACAUAGAAGAAACGCACCAUGCACCAUCUUCCAGAAUUCCCCGCAGCCGGUGAAUGGAAAUGUUGCCAAAUCCAAAGAAUGGCCUUCCAAUUUUGCCACCUGCAACCAAGAACUUGUCUUUCUUCCACUGUGGGCAUAAUCUUACAGAAGCUGCACGUGGCCUCUAAUUCUUGUUGGAAGAGGAAGAAGAAGAGGAGACUGAGAGAAAACUGGUCCAGUGGCCUUGCCCAGCACUCAAAAACCAGAAACUCUGUAUCAUGCCCCCAACCCAAAUUUUUGUGUUGUUUCCCACACAUUUUGAUUCAACAUGGAAAUUUCCUUCCUCCUUUUUUCUUGUCACAAUAAUGAUGUGAUUUGAAGAUCUCAAAUGAGCAAUUUUGCAAUAGCAAAAAGUUUCCAUUUAUUUAUGAAUAGGGUAUGUACUUAAAUAGUGGUUUAAUAUAUAUAUAUAGAUAUAUAUUUUUAUCCCCCUCUCCCUGUUUUUGGUACAAUAAUAAAGGUCAUAGGGUUCCCUGUGCUGAUACAUAGAUUAAAGGGCAGAGAGUCAGUUCUGUUUUCUGUUGUGUACGUACAAUGUGAGUGGUGACCGUUCUGUAGUUUCCGGGAGGAGAACAGGGGUUCAGUAUGUUGAGGAUUGAUGUUUACAUGACUGCAUUUCAGACUCAACAAGUCUUCUGCAGGACAAACCUGAUUUGAGCAAAGCCCCUGUAGUCCUCAUGCAGAUAACCAACAAGCUAUGGGGUUUUUUUUUUUUUUUAAUCUCAGGGACAUGGGGAAAGCACAGAUGGAGAAUAGCUUUUUUUUGUAUUGUCAAAGGCUUCCAUGGCUGGAAUCACUGGGUUGUUAUAAAUUUUUCGGGCUAUGUGGCCAUGUUCUAGAAACAUUCUCUCCUAACAUUUUGCCUGCAUCUAUGGCAGGCAUCCUCAGAGGAGAUGCAGGCGAAACAUCAGGAGAGAAUGCUUCUAGAACAUGACCAUAUAGCCCGAAAAACCUACAACAACCCAGCUGUUUUUUUUGCUUCUCCCUCUGAGAGGAACACUACAUGAUGCCUCCAAAUGUAUACCAGGGCUACUUUCAUCCGUGAGGGGCUGUCCUGUUAUGCACAAUGACAAGUUAUGGUUCAUCUCCUGGAAUAACGCAUCAAAAACUCUUUGCCUUGACAGAGUAACUGCAGUUGGUUUCUACCUCACCUGUAACACAUAGAUCCUACCUGGGAUGGGGAAGCAGGUUGUACCUCUUGACCUGAAAACUUGGCAAACUCUAACUGAAGGGUAGAACCUGCAAAGAACGCAGCUGCAACUGGUAGUGAUGCCUCCUUACUCUGCAACAUUAGUGCCAAGAAGAGCUCAUCCUCAUGCUGUGACAUUGCUACGGCCUGUGCUUCCUUGCCAGCUGUAUGCACUAAUGUGCAAAGGCACAUCAUCAUCAUGUCAGGCAUGGGUUGAUUUGUACUAAAUGGUGGGCUGCCAUUUACUUAUGGCCAAAUGCACCCCAUUUUCUUGGGCAUCCCAAGGAGACCCUAGCUUUCUCCCCGGUAUUAUGCUCUCAGUUGCACUGUGCUUUUCCCUGUUGGUAAAUCUCUGAGUAAAGAUUCAUACUUCGAAUUUUUCAUGCUCUUUUUUUCACAUUUGCAAUAAGGCUGUGAAAUUAACCCACUCUUGUAACUGCUUUCAGAACAGUCAACUUCACUUAUGUGCUUGUUUAAAAAGAGUAAUGGAAUAGUCAUUAUUCCGAUGCCUGUAUAAAAUACUGCUUCUUUGUACUGUACAAUGUGAAAAGAGAAGGCCUCAGGUGAACUGGGCUUAUAAAUAGUAAGUGUCUCUUGUGUCCUGAUUUGUUUUAGCCUCAUACAGACCAGUAUUCAAUCUGGUAUUAAUUCCAGGAUUCUAAUUUACCUGUUUGAGGGGGAAAAGAAAAUAAAUCUCUGUAAAAAUGUGUGUUGAAAUCGGCUGGAGCUCAUCUAAUGGAAUGUUCAGACCAAUUCUGCAUGCCAAAUGUCUCUCUGUUGUUGUUUCAUUUUUCACAAAACCUGGGAGGAGGGAGGUUCUCCCUGAACUGAGUAAAAGAAAGAUCCACAAAGCAAAAAACACAGUUGAGGUCCUCUUUUAUCUUCUUUCCAGUUCCCUCUGUGGAAGAAAAUGCCCUUGCCCCUCCACACAGGUGACUGAUAUCGGCACUGUUGUUUCAACCAUGGGUCACCAACUCAUAUCCCAGUUGCUCCAAAUGAUCUAGAUCACAGGAGAUGAUAUGGCAAGAGAGCCAGUCAGGCAUUAUUCCUUCUGUCCUUUACUAAAGCUGCUACUUGCUCCUCUGCCUAAUAAUCCCAUGAAAAAUCUUUGCUGGAAACCCCACCAGCACUUCAGAGCAGCCACCACUGACUAGUUUACAAAUAUUUACUCUGUUGUCAGCUGUUGACCUCAUGUCCCAAACAUUUUGAUGGUUGCACCAGUAUUCAGUAACCAACAGGAGUGCUUACAUAACCAGACCAUUAACAGCUGAAGGCAGUUGUGGAGCUCAGGUGACAGUUUUCAUAAUUUAUAUUGCUUACAGCUACUGAGAUAACACAGAGCCACUAUUACUCCUCUGCCACUAGUAGCUAUAUUUGUAAUCAUUAAUUACCACUACUGCUGGUAGCGCUUACAUAUUGAAAACCUUCAUCAAAUGAAAACUAACAAAAGUGUAUGCACCCAAUGCAAUGAGAACCUCUCUGGUGUCACAUAGCUACCGAUUUCAUUAAGUGUAAACAUUGUCCAUGUACCCUUGUUGUUUUCAGUGAGUGUGCGUGCAUUUCACUCCUCGUUACAACAAUUUCCACUGUUGAACUUCAAGGUCCAAGGCCUCAUCAUUGAGUUGGCAGUUAUUUACAUAGAGGAAGUCUUUAUAUAAGGUUGUUUUAAAAAUCCCCCAACUAAGCUCUACAGGAGUACAAUCUUGAGGUACAAAAUCUUGGUCUUUUAUCACACUGUUCUUGUUUCCUGGCUGUAAUUCCACUGUUACUGUGCUCCAUCCACAUCUUUUCAUGGUUACUUCAGAGCAGCUGACAACUUUAAGCAUCUUUUCACAGCAAUGGUAUACAUCCAAUUGGCAGAUAUAAGAAAAAGCAUGCCAGAACUAACAAUAUACCAGAUCCCUUGUCAUGUUCAUGAUGCUGACCAGUUCUGUCAUCUUCUUUGCCACUUUUGCAUAAUAUCUAUUUCAGAAAUGACUGAAGAUGGAUAUUCUCACACUAUCACUAGAGAAGGACUUCAAAACGUCCAGUAGCUAUUUCAAUAUGGUACCAGCAUGCUUGAAGGCUUUAAACCUAGAGUAAUUUCAGCUAAGCUGUCCGCAUCUGUCCUAGGAAUAUCUCAGUUAUAUGGGAUUAGAUAACUCAAGUGGUAUAAUUAACUCCCAACAUCAAAACAUGUCAGCUUGAAGAACUGACAACCCCUGCCAUAUUUUUCUGGCCCAUUUUUGACACAUGACAUAUUCAAAUGUCUUAAUACUUGAUUUGGUCUAAGAGGAACAGAAUCCAGAAGACAAGUGCCCUCUCCAGAGUUGUAGAUUCCACUCUUUGGUUAGUUUUCAUAUUGAUAAUCCUGUCCCCACCCCAUGACAUAGCACCAGCUUUGAAAGGUUAUUUUGUUCCAAUUAUAAAUGAACACUGUGAUCAAUCAAAUUGUCCACAGUAUGUUUCCAAGAAGUUCUGCCAGCUACUGGUCAGAGCUCAUCUAACCUCAGUUUCUCUCAGUGUUCCCUCACACAAACAUUUCUGGAACAUUUAGGUAGUGUGGAAAACUGGUGAAAGACAACAUUAACAUCCAGGUAAGCAAAAUUGGUGUCAAAUUUAAGAAAGGAUGGGUUCUUCAAGCAUUCCUCAGAGCAGCAACUUUGCCAGAUAAUAAUUUUAUUUUUAAAUAAUUAUCAUAAGACAAUCCUGUUGUCCUAAAACUAGGCACUUUUUUAUAGUCAGUUCUAGAGCAACAUUGCCUGAUCACCUUGCAAUGUCCCUUAAGAAGAUUUGCCUACAAAAACAUGGCAGGAAAGGAAUUAAUAACUAAAGAUCGGCUACAUUUAUGGGUGCUGCUGGUCAAACAGUUUUGAUAUACCUUAGAUAUAUAUUUAUUACUCAUGUUCGCUACAGAGGGGGGCCCUCCAAAGGCUAAAAAACAUCUCCAAUGAUGGAAUUCAGCUAUUUUCACCCAGUAACAUAGCUGUCAUCGCUGAGUCUUAGUGCAAUUACCUAAGCCUACUGUGUUCCUCAAAACAAUACAUUUUAUCUACGUAUAUAUCAGUGCCUCCUUCAAUUUUACCGAAAGUGAUUCAGAUUUUACAGCAACUCAGGUCCUGAUCGACCGCUGAGAAUCGCCACUUCUGCCUUGCUUGUCUUGCUUGUCUACCUGAGGUUUCAAGACCAGUGAGCUGACAUUCAACUUAUUAUGUGCCCUGUCGACCCAUGUUUAUCUUGAUGUCAGAAGUGUUUUGGCCAUGGGUCUUGUUUCUUUUUCAGAUGGGUUACAAUUGUAUUUCACAAAGUAUUACCUGGGAAGCCUCUUCUCAAUAUUGUGUGGUUUUAAUGUUUUGACCUGCCUGAUCCUUUAAUGCAGCCUUUCCCAAUGGUCCUGCUAACUGGGAAAGAGAGGAGGUAUCCAACACAUCUGGAAGGCACCAGCUGGGGAAGAGAAGAAGGUCUUAGUGUUGAGUUACCGUGUCCUACACAAAGGGCUUCACAUGAGUCUUCCCAUUGAUUUUAGCAUGGUUUGGCCUUUUUCAAAGUAAUAGUGCACAUAAGGAUGCGCAUAAACUGAAAUGUGUGAGUGUGUGUGUAUGAGAGAGAGAGAGAUGUGCACAUCUGCCUAAAUCCCAUUGAAGGGAAAGCUAGGUUUUCAAAAAGCCGCAUUUUUAAUUUAUUUUUAACAGAAAGAAUUAAUCAGAGGUGCAGAAUAACCACAGCAUAAACUGAACCUAUCUGAUUUAAGGUUUUUUGCACUGUGAUGCUUGUCUGUUUUAUUUAAGUGAUUGUGUGAUGACUAUGUUUCCCACUUUUCAAAGUUUUCCUCUUUUUACAAAAACAAAAUAUACCCAAUGUUAACGGUGAUUUGUGCUGUCGCUUAUGGCUGAGAGAAUGAGCCAUAAUUGUGCCUGUGUAGUCCAUGAAAAGUUUAUUUUCAAUAAAAUUAUAAACCUC